AUGGCGGUUAUUUACUUAGCAGUUCACAGCGUCGUUUGAGAUAUUUAAAGUUAAUUAUUGUUAUAAUUCAAGAAAUGGUGCAAACUUGUGUAGUACGUGGUUGCGGCAGUAGUUGGUGUCCAGGAGGUAAUAUAAGAUUUCACACACUGCUACGUCUCCGGCGCUGCGGGAAGAGCAGCCUCAACGCCUUAGCGUAACAAAUCGCAGGCAUCGGACGAGCCGGAGCGGCUGACGCUGGUCGCCGAAGGUGACCAACAAGCCGAAGCUGCGGAGGCGAGGAGGGAUUUGUUACAGCAGGCGGAGGCCGCUCCCCCUACGCGCCUCCGGCUCUAUAAAACCACUCUAGGGGUAGGACAGACUCGUACCAGGUGAAGUCGGGGUCAAUCAAUUCGGUUCUUUGACAUAAGUUGAACCUAACCUAUUUUAUUUGUUAUCUGCCCUAAUAGGUACUGUUAAAAUAAAACAAAUUUCAAUAAGAGAUCAUUUAUCAUGGUAUCUUUCUUGUUUUUCAUAAAAUGUGUUUAUAUUUACAAUAUAAAUGCAAACAUUAAAAAAAAUAUAGAUAUUUUAGAAAUCGAUUUUGUGUGAACCGAUACAUCAGCUUACGAUUUGAAUCGAUUUAAAAAUCGACCUUUUUCGGAAAGAAUCGACAUCCCUAUUGACAUCGACAAUGACAUUACAAAAUGGCGCCAGUUUCACGGAAGGAUUAGACAUAAACAUUGCAAGAAUAAUUGAUUUUCAAUAACUUUUUUCUCAAAAAUUACGCGUUUCCGCAUGUUGAAACUUUGUGUGUGUGCUUAUAAUAGUGUAACUUUUCUUAAUAAAAAUACAUAUCAACAUCCAACUUGACGGACGUCAAUGGAAAGCUAAGCCAGUGUAGAGAACCGUACAUCCUUUUUUCUGCGGCUCGGUGUUCCGUCUUGGUCCUCAGAGGUGAUAGCACAUCUGCAUUUUGAUUCUUAAUUGGGGAUAAAUUGUAGAUGUGUAUGGGCAUUCACUUACCAUCAGGUGGUAUUAUACUAGUAAGAUUAGGAUGAAGAGAAUUGUGGUAGCCAACAGAUUUUAUUACAAACUUGUAUAUUUAAGUUGUUUUCCAUAUUUAUGACAAACUUUCAUAUUUUCAGAUGGAUGAGGAUGAGGAGCCCAUAAUUGUUUGUUUCACCUGUCAUGCAAGACUCAUUCGUUGCAGAACAUUACAACAACAGGCUAUUGAGUCAAAAGCAGUUCUGGAGCAGUUGCUUGCAGGAGGGUCCAUGAGAGUGCUGAAAAACAAGAAGAUUUGGAGAUUGAUGCUAUUGAAGAUUCGGAGUACGACUUGCCGCUAAUUGCAUUUGGUUCAAAAAGUAAAAAAGAAGACGAUGACAAAGAAACUUCUGAAAAGAAGAUUAAAUCAAAUUCUACUGAUUGUAACAUAAACGAUGUUCAUGAAGAAAACCCCGAUUUUGAAGGCCCUACUAUUAAAUCAAACCCUAAAAUGAAAAAAGAUAAUCAACCAAUUAAUAAAAAAGAAAAGCAUUCUGCAAAAAUAAUGAAAAAGAAAAUUUUAAAACAAAAGAGUGUAAAUAUACUUAAGAAAACGACAUCUGGGACAUCAACUGAAUACAUUUUUGAAUGUGAUGGUUGUAGUAAAAAAUUUUCAACAAAAGCCAUUCUCGCCAAACACAUUUCAUACAGUCAUAAGACGCAAAAGAACUCAGACACCACUGCAGUUCGGACACAAGUAGAACAAACUCUAGUACCACAACAAACAGAAAUAUUUAAUUGUGAUAUUUGCGAAUUUAAAACAUCUCAAAAACGUUGCAUUUUGUCACAUCUUAAAGCGCACGUCGCUAAACAAAUGUACAGUUGUAAUAAUUGUGAAUAUAAAUGUAUUAGAAAAAGUGAGUUGCGAAAACAUAUGAAAAUACACACCGGUGAAAAACCUUUUUCGUGUAAUAUCUGUGAAUAUACAUCUAUUACAAAAAGUAAUUUGCAAACCCAUAUGAAAAUACACACCGGUGAAAAACCUUUUUCGUGUAAUAUCUGUGAAUAUAGAUGUAUUAAAAAAAGUCGUUUGCAAACCCAUAUGAAAAUACACACCGGUCAAACACCUUUUUCGUGUAAUAUCUGUGUAUAUAGAUGUAUUACAAAAAGUAGUUAUCAAAAACAUAUGAAAAUACAUACUGGAGAAAAACCUUUUUCGUGUAAUAUCUGUGAAUAUAGAUGUAUUACAAAAAGUAGUUUCCAAAAACAUAUGAAAAUACAUACUGGAGAGAAACCUUUUUCGUGUAAUAUCUGUGUAUAUAGAUGUAUUACAAAAAGGCAUCUGCAAAGACAUUUAAAAACACACACUGGCGCAAAACCUUUUUCGUGAGCUAUGUGGUGAAAUAUGUACAAUAUUAUGCAAAUGUGUUUUAUAUAAAUAUGUGUGUACCAGAUAAAAAUCUAUUUUUUUUUGUGCAUUUGUGAUGUAAUUGUAAAACGAGUAGAAAAAACUUUCCGUGCCUUAUGUGCAAAUUGAAACUGCAUUUAUUCUGAAGAAGUUAAUUCAAUACCUAAUUUAAAAUUUUGUACCAAGUGUCAAACAAUUAAAUACUAAUGUUAUUUUAAAUGGGGAGAAACUGAGUCUUGUAGAUACCACCAUUUUUCUUGGAAUCACACUAGACGGUAAGCUUCAAUGGAGCCCCCAUAUAUCAAAACUUGCAAGCAGACUUAGUUCUGCAGCAUAUGCUGUAAAAAAGAUUAGAAGUCUAACCAGUGUUGAAACAGCUAGACUAGUUUACUUCAGCUACUUCCAUAGCAUAAUGUCGUAUGGUAUUUUGCUAUGGGGACACGCAGCUGACACUGAUAUUAUAUUUGUUUUGCAAAAGAGGGCCAUAAGAGCAAUUUAUGAUUUAAAGCCUAAAGAGUCGCUGCGACAAAAAUGUAAGGAAAUUAAUAUAUUAACUUUGGCCUCUCAAUACAUUUAUGAAAAUGUAAUGUACGUACACAAAAAUAAAAGUAGUUUUACAAAAAUAAGUGAUAUUCAUUCUGUAAAUACUAGGAACAGACACAAGCUAGUAGUACCAGUUACUCGACUCCAUCGAGUCAGUAAUUCAUUCUUGGGGCGAUGUAUACGCUUUUACAACAAAAUUCCAGAAAAUAUACAAAGUUUGACCUGUUCAAAGUUCAAAAACUUUAUUAAACUAAGUUUGUAUAAAAAGGGUUAUUAUAAUAUUAAGGAAUUUAUGGAUGAUAAUAACCCCUGGAAAUGAGGUGAUCGCUACCAAGCAAUUUCUAAUUUGUUGUGUUGUUAAUUUGUGUAACAUCAUGAUUGUAAGCUGUUAUUUUAAAAAAAAAGUCCCGCUGGGUUUCUUGCUGGUUCUUCCCAGGACAGAGGUUUUUUCCGAACCAGUGGUAAUCAAACAAAAGAGUGACUUUCAAUAAGUAUUAUUUAUAAUCUAUAUUGAAUAAAAAGUUUCUGUUUCUGUUUCUGUUUCUGUACAACCGAAUUCAAUAUAAAUUAUUAAGAAUAAUUCAAAAACUAUUGAUCAGACCUUGAUCAAAUUUAUAUGGGAUCACAUGUGAAGCACCAGCUUUACAAAUUAUAAAAGAUUUAUCGAAAUUGCUUCAUGCAGAAACAAGUUAUGAGGUAAUAAAUAUAAAAAAGAACAUACAGUCGAAUUGAGUACCUCCUCCUUUUUGAAGUCGGUAGAAAGCAUAAAAAUGGAACCUUAAAAUAAAUACCGUAUGUGUGAAAGGAGGUUAGUGGAAACAGACUAGACCUUCAUGUUUUCUUUAGACAAGUUGCGCUGGAAUGUCAUAGGAUUAUCCGAAGUCCGAAGAGAGGGGGAGGACACGGUAAUCCUCGAAUCCGGCAAUUUGUUCUAUCACCGGGAGGGUGACAAUCUGUCCCAAGGAGGUGUUGAAUUUAUCGUCCACAAGUCUCUCGUUAACAACGUAUACUCAGAUCACCAAACGGUAUUCGCUGAAGGUCAUACAGGUUUACGCACCAACCUCGGCACACCCCGAUGAGGAGGAAAAUUAAAAUCAUCAUUUUGUAUAAAAGAAAAAUGUGAUAAUACUAAGCAAAUCCAUUCAUUCGAGUCCUCUGAGCUAUUGAGUUGGGUAGAAAGUGAAAGUUCAGCAAAGCAUGAAAACAUUAAUGUUCACUCAUGCAUAUACCGCUGGGUGGGUCAUAAGAAACAUACUAAAAAAAAAUUGACGACAAUGUGAAGCUGAUUUUACAAAUAGGGAAUCCAGUUAUGAUAAAAAUUCUAUCAAUAAUUGGAUUUGCUUUAAAGAAUUUAAAAGUAUAAAAGAAAAGAAAUUGAUCUACCCUUCGGAACAUGCCGUGAGAUUUUUUGAGAUAAUAACAUAAAAGAUAUAAAAACUCUCAUCAAAUCUAAACUGCGUUCUGCAUAAGGAUGCUGUUUCUGAACACUUUUUAACAUUAACUUUAAGAUUGACAGUGUUUAAUUGGUGCAAUGUCAUAAAUAAAAUAUUGAAAGGUGCUCAAAUGCAAUUAAAAGCUUUUAAUAAAUUU